AGUGACGUCACGCCCGUAAAGCGUUCUUCCUAGCUUCAUUAAAAAAAAGAAGAUAGACUAUUUACGUGGAGUGUGAAGGGAAACGCAGUUAGCGGAGCACGCCGCUAGUGAUGUCAUAGAAAUUUUACUAAACAAAAGCACUUCGUCGUGCACCGAGGGCAUUUUUUUGUUCCUUUCGGGCUGACAAAAGACACUUGAGCCUCAUUUAAUCCGCGCAUGAGCUGGGAUGCACCGCGAUUAGCCGCUAACGUUAUUAGCCACCUUUGCUCGUUAGCUUCCCGGGACGGCGCUGCUUGAACGACGGGACGGAGCACACCGGAUAGUGCAUUAUGACUGACAGCAUUAUGAGUAAAGCAGCCACAAUGGAGAUUCCAAUCAACAGCAAUGGUGACACAGGGACACUGGCAGAAGACGACAGCCUUGAACAGGCUGCAAAACUGCAAUGGAGCUUAGAUGAGAAGGUAGGGAGCUCCACAGGCGCCAGGGACCUGCAGCAGGUGAUGGUGUCGGGUCCCAAUCUAAACGAGACCAGCAUUGUGUCAGGGGGCUAUGGAGGAACAGCAGAGGGCAUCAUCUCAACCGCCACAAUCAAAGGCCCUGGUAUACACUACAAUGCAGAAUUUAACAAAAGGAUCCCAGUGACAGGAUUAGGUCCCAACAUGCACCACAGCAGCAGCAGCUCGUCGAUGGCAGCGGAACAAACGACCCGUGGUGUGGCUGUGGAAAAGAUAGAAACCGUGAAGAAGUGGGGCCUCAACACUUACAAGUGUACGAAGCAGAUGAUCUCGGAACGUUUUGGUCGGGGGUCCCGGACGGUGGACCUGGAGCUGGAGGCCCAGAUCGAGGUGCUCAGAGACACUAAACGGAAGUACGAGACUGUGCUACGAUUGGCCCGAGCCCUCACCAACCACUUCUACAACAUGGUGCAGACGCAGCAUUCGCUGGGUGACACCUUUGCUGAACUCAGCCAGAAAUCUCCAGAGCUACGGGAUGAAUUUGGCUACAACGCAGAGACCCAGAAGCUGUUGUGUAAGAACGGUGAGACUCUACUUGGUGCCAUUAACUUCUUUGUGUCCAGCAUCAACACAUUAGUUAACAAGACCAUGGAGGACACACUGAUGACCAUCAAGAUGUAUGAAAAUGCCAGGCUGGAGUUUGAUGCUUAUCGAUCGGACCUGGAGGAGUUGAGUAUGGGUCCCAGGGAUGCUGUAGCCAUGGCCCGCAUAGAUGCUGCUCAGCAACAGUACCAAGUUCAUAAAGAGAAGUAUGAACGCCUCCGCUCAGACGUCAUCAUCAAACUGAAGUUCCUGGAGGAGAAUAAGGUGAAAGUGAUGCAUAAGCAGCUCCUCCUCUUCCAUAAUGCUAUCUCAGCAUACUUUGCUGGCAACCAGCAGCAGCUGGAGCAAACGCUGAAGCAGUUCAACAUAAAGUUGAAGCCUCCAGGUGCUGACAAGCCUUCCUGGUUAGAGGACCAGUGAGAGCUCUGCUGGACCUCCUGCAGCCUCCUACUCUACUACCACCUCCACCUGUUUCCUGUUGAAACCCCCAACUUACAGUGGACCACUACAGAGGGAAACGUCAAGAGCAUUUGGUGGAAGAACAUAGAAAAGGGCGUGGAAGGAUGAUUGAACAGAUGAAUUGCAGGGUAUUAUUGAUGAAUGGGCUUGAUGCCCCAGGGAACAAAGUGGCCAGUUUUAUGAACAGCCAAGAGGCUUUUAAUGCCACUCUUUCCCACCUUUCUUUAUUUCCAGUCUGUGCUCCUUCUCCAAGAGGAACUUUCCAUCUCUUCCUUCCUCCUUUCCCAUUUAACUUGAGCCCCUUCUAUUGCUGUGUGAGCUUGUGUUCGUCAUGUUUAUGGCAAUUAAUGUACUCCUGAAGUGCUCCCAACGCUCCAAGUUAAACCUACCUAAUCUUAUUGUCAGACAGACAAGGAAAGGAAAAUGGUGGAACCAUAAGAACACAAUCGCAUUAUCAUUGUCCAUGUGUGCCUCCUUAAAUAUGAUGCUCAUACUAAUGAAGCUCUGGUCUGGUAACAUUUAAACUAGUACAAAUAUGAUUUGUAUGGUACACUGGAAACGAAUGUGCAGACUUGAAAUCAAUGUACAAUUUAAAUGAAAUACUGUUGAUCGUUUUUAAAACACAAUGUUGUGUUUAUACUUUACUUAUUUUAUGUUGUCUCUUUUUUCCCCUCAUAAUUUCAGUUGAGCUUUAAAGUAGCAACAGCAGUGUGACAGUGUACUGUCAUGGCUGUCACAUGACUCAAGUCUAUUUUAACCCAUACACUGUAUGUACCAUCACUGAAGAAACACUGCCACAGUAUGAGAGAAUGCUGCUCUUUACUAAUUGUCUUUUUACUUACCCAAAGAGAAAAGAAAGCAACAUUCGUUAGAUUAUUGCCUUUAUUUUGUUAUUGAGCAACAUUAAUUGACUCGGCCUCACUGGACUGAGUGAAGACAUCAAUGGCAGUCAGCUUCAACACGUGAACAGAAGCGAAAGUAGAAUAUAUUUGUCUGUGGGUUACCUUUCUUCACACUGAAGAUCACUGUAGCUGCUGAAAUAUUAACUAAAUAUAAUCAUUCAGCAUUAAAUCUUCUGAUUUAAAGGUUUUGGGAGGGAUAACACUAAUGAUUGCUCACUUGUUUUACAUUGUCUCAGUAAGAUAUUGGUGACUAAUCAGUUGUUGACAAUUAAGAGCAGGUAUUGCCAUGAAAUAGUGGCAUGAAACUGCAUGUAAUGCUGAAUGUGUAUGUUCAUCAUGUGUUAAUAUGCUAGAAUCAUCAUAUUGUACAUGAAGGUUUCUGGGAUGUGCAUAUUGUUAAUCUGAGUAUCAUAUUUGUGGCACUUUGCAGAUGAGACACUAACAUGAAAACAUUCCUCUGGCUAAACGAGAUCUGUAAUUCACAUGCUCCAAAAAUAAUAAUGAUUGAUUUCCUAACGUGAAGGUAAUCCAGUGUGAUGAAUGCCUACCAUGCUCUACUGAACUCCCCGCAGCCUUUCAAUACGAGAAGCCAGAGUUUGGUGAAACCGCCAUCAGUUACAGUGUUUAGUCCUCCAGCUUCUUGCCUUGUCUGUAUUUGCAUGGCAGGCAGUGAUUUGAAGUGUAGGUGCAGCUAUUUAUGAGUGACUGACGCUCCUCUCACCCUUCUGUGUGCCUGCUCGCAUGGACUGGGAUAAUGUCACACUGUGGUUUUGCUAUUAAAGCUGCCCUUGAUCUGGACAAAUACAACAGAGGGGGGAUUUGGGGGUUUUGAUAAACAGCGAAUAUCAAAAAAUAGAUUAUUUGUUAGUUUUGUGUUUUCUUGGUUCCUGUGUGUUAUAUCAACUGAGUGUUUUUUUUAUUUCUGGCUGAAGUCUUUAAAGCCUCAAUUUCUCUCUUGGCUAAAAUUGCUCCUGGUCUGCGUGUCGCCACACAGCAAUAUCAAUGAAAUGUGACUCCUCUUUUCCAGUCCACUUCCCUUUUGAGCUCCUAACCCCACACUAAAAGGAAGUUUUGUACUAUAAGAUAUUUUUCUUUGUGUACAAUCAAUAUUUUCUAGCCUGAGCUGGUGUAUUGUACUGUAAGAACGAUUGCACGUGUUGGUAUUCAAGAUGGGAAAUGAAGUUGUGCCAUAGAUUGAUGUGAUACUAUGCCUUCACUCCUCACGCAGACCUAAAAAAGUCCCACCCAAGGGAACAAAUUAAAAGUUUCCAAACA